AUGAGCAAACAAAAUGAUUCAGCUAUACCAGAUUAUACUUCUUUUCAUCGGGAAAUUAAUAAUACUUCUUCGCCGAUUAAUCAUGAUGAAGAACAACAAAGCAUAUCAUCAACAUCAUCAUCGUCAUCGAAAGAAAUCCAACAGAUUGAAACUAUUCUCAAUGACUAUACAUCACCACCACCGCCACCACCACCACGAAAACGUAAAUUGGACUGUUAUCCAAGUACUGAUGAAGAUGUCGAUGACUUGAACGUUGAUUCAUCGGAAGAUGUCGAUCAAUCAGCACCAACCAUUCAAACGUACCGCGAUCGGCUAAAUGCACGCUUACAAACUGAACUGAAUCCAAAUCAGCCACGAGUCAUCUCUGCUGAGUAUUCUCAAAUCACGAUCGAUUCUGGAGUCGAUAUUAUCAGUGAACAAAAAGUUUCUCAGCCGAAAAUCGACGAACAACACUCCGAAGAAACCACAAAUCAAAACGAUCUUUUCGCUUUAUCCGACGAUUCAUUACUCGAUAUCGAACCGACACAUCCACAUAGUUUAUUACUAAAAACUCCAGCGAUCACACAUGAACAAUUGUUAUCAUUAGCUGAAGAGAGUGAUGAAUAUAAAAGUUUUCUCACGGCAAUCACAGAUUCCCAUUUAUGCAACAAGAACGAUCGUGGCCCGUCGAAUACGAGCGAGCAAUACUAUUCAGCUGAGAGCGAUUUCAAUACGUCAUUAGUCAAUGCGAAUCAAGAUUUACAACGUAGUCUUGAAGUUGACAAUGUGAUUAACGAAGAGAAGGAGAGUGAAAGUAAGGAUCAAUCAGACGAACCUUGUCGAUCACCGUCGCCACGAUAUGAUGUGAAAUUACCGACAUUCAGUGACUGGAUUGAUCAUAUUUUUACAACAUUUCUCGCUGAGACCAAUCAACAUUCAGCGUCAACAAGUCGGUCAUCAUCAAUUAUCUCAAAUCAAGCUUCGCAAAACACAUUCGAUAACUCAGCGUCUCAAGCUUUGACCGUCGUUGAAAAUUCGACGAAAACUCAACAAUUAUCGGCAAUAACACAAGAUUUUGAUACACACGAAGAAAAUAAUCCAUCGCCUGUUUCAUAUCAUCGAUCACAAUCAUGGCCACAUGAUGAAAAACGACAACAAGAACAAGAACAUAAUGAGCAAAUUCUCAAAGACGUGUCGAGUUCAAGUUUGAACAAUGAAAACAUGGAAUCAAGUUCAUCUUCAAUUGCAGAUGAUUACGGAGCUACGAAGAUUAGCGAUGAACAAGAGGAACAUAAAACUUCACAAUCAUUACUAUUGCCAUCGAAUUCGGUCGGACGGUUCAAUAAUGGAGGUCAACGAUUGGCAUAUAAAGUAACUAGCAAGGAAAUCAUGCAAAAUAACUAUCGUCAUGAUGAUCAAUCUAUUACUCCGUCGCCGACUACCACGAUCGAUCGUAAUCAAUCUACGAGCGAAAAUUUUUCUUUUCCAAAUAUUAUGAAUAGAGGUAAUGUUGACGAAAUGGAAGAAAAAAAACACGAUAAGUGUGAUGAUGAUGAUGAUGGUGAUGAAAAACAUAUCGAAAACGAAGUCCACAACAACAACAAACCACUUAUUCAAGUAGAAACACCGAAUGACUCACCGUCAUCAUUUCCAUUUCAUGAAGAAUUCUACCGUUGUGAAUUACUACAACAAUCACAAAUACCAUCACAACCACAGCAUACUGAUAGUCAUGAUUCAUUGCUGCAACCUGCUCAUCAUAAUAUGAAUAAUAUUAAUACUGCAGCGUCGUCGACAGAUGAUUUAUCGACUACGCAUCAAUUAUCAUCAUCCGUAUUUCAUUCUAAAGACUCAGCCUUAGGCCUAUCAGAUGAUAAUUUGCAUUAUUUACAAACGAAUCCAGCGCUUAUCAAAGAUAAUGAUGAUGAUGACGAUGAUGAAGACGAUUUACAACAAGAAGAUAGAACCAUUGACAAUAAUGUAAUUCAAGAUAAUGCAAAUAACAAUAUUGAUAAGAAUGAAAUGACAUAUGAGCGUAUUGAUGAUGGUACAAAUUCUUUAAGAAAUAAAUCCACAAUGAUCUACAUACCGGCUGAUCAAAUACAGUCGUUACCAUCAUCUUAUCAAAUCAACCAUGCUGAACGAACUGUUUCAUCGAGUUCAUCCGAGCAGUUGAUACCUAAAGAAAAACAAACAGGAAUGUAUUAUCCUGCUUUUGGUAGUUCCGCUGCGAUACAUCUAGCAGAAAAAUACAAUUGUGACUGGCUCCAAGAUAUCACUUCACCUGCAAGUCCAUAUCGUAAAUCUCUCACGAGUGUCAACUAUGAAAUGACUUCCGAUUCACGCAUUUUUCAUCAAAAUCAAGCACUUGGUGAUGAAGAUGAAUUCUAUCUAUCUCCACAAGCAUUUCAACCAUCACGUUCCUGUCCGAAUUUGAAUCAUCUGUUGAUACGUGAACCGUUACGUGAACGGUCAUAUUCGUUAACAACAUUAGAUGCCUAUGCACGUUUAGAUAUAACACGUGAUACUCUCGAACAAAUGUGGCUUUCAUUACUUGAUCUUGCUUUCAGUGACAAAGACGACAUUGAACUAGGUGAAUACAAGUUACGUCAUAUCAUGGGUUUAUCAAGUUCGUACACACAUAUCAAUGAUACUUUAAUUGAAAAGUCUCGAAGUCAUGGAGAUAUAUUUUCAACGGCAAAUAAAGAAGAAAAAUUAACAACUAAAAAAUCGAAAUCGUUCGAUGUUACAUCAUUACUGAAGUCAAGUAAAGCAUCAGAUAAUGAAGCGAAUGUUGGUUUACUUCAAGGUGCUGCUAUAUCAGAACCAUUCGUUGAUCGUAUAGGUUUAGUCUCAACACAAUCUGAUACAGAAAUGAACUUUCCGAGUAAUGAUAAUGAUAGUAUUGAAUCAAUUGAAGCAGACAACCCCUUACCUGAAGAGCAAUAUUCUCCGAAAAAUCAAACCGAGUCGCCUGUUAUCAAAGAACCGUUAAAUUACGUUUUUCACUAUCCUCACCAAUUAGAUAGCAAUGAUGACUAUGAUUUUGAACCUGAAGAUGAUAUAACACACUAUCUACCUGAAACAACUUUAACAAUGAAUCAGUUGUUUGGCGAUGAAGAUAAACAAUUGUGUAUGGCCUUGGGUUUUGAUGAUGAUGAGGAAACAGCUGCACUUGCUGCUGCUGUCGCACAACCAAGAGAUAUACAAGCUAUAUUGGCGGACUAUCGGCCACAUUCUCUUUCGACAAUACCAAGCUCCCGAGCAAGUCAGUAUGCGUCAAGUAUCUCUGAUAGCGACGAAAUUGUCGAAAACAAUGACCCAAUAAGUCGUAAGAAUACGAUUAGUCUUGAACACGAAGAAGUGUAUCGAUCUGAUCACAGUAUUGAUGGUGCCGAAGAAGUCGAUGACGAUAUUGGCCAAAUUGAAUCAAAUAUUUCCUCACCACAAUCGCGAGCAUUAUCGCCUAUACCAAAUUACUCAGAAGCGUCACCCGUACCACAAGCACCAGAACGAAUUUCUCCAUUAAAACUCCCCAAUUUUGCGAAUAUUGACCAUGAUGCUUGGGCACGAUCGAUAAGUGAACCAAUCUAUACCGACGGCCUAUCGAUUCAGCAUCAGCAGCGUGAAACUGAUCUCUUUCCAUUUACUGAUAAUCUAACGAGUAUUAUACCAGUUGACGAUACUCCACAACCGCAAACUUACAUCACCGAUCAAAUUGAACCGAGUAUACCUCUAAGUGAAUAUCAAACGAAUCAUUUUAUUGAACAAACGAACGAUACGAAUCUAAUUGACUUUUCCUCGCACGAAGAUUUCAUUCAGAACAUGGAUAAUCAAAUCGAUAACAAAUCAAGUAAUUCAACUCGCACUUCAAUAUCGUCCAUACACGAUACACACCUCGAUCCAAACGAAUUGGCAUUUCUUUUGUCACAAUUAGGUACAUCGGACAUAUCCAGCCCACCAGGAAUGUCUUUUGCAGAUGAACUAAGCAAAUUGAACGAAGGAUCAAGUGAACAACAACAACAACAACAUCGUUUUGAUUCGGAUUCUUUGGACCAUUCAUCAUUGCUACAGCAUGAACAUCAACAAAACAAGCCGAAACUUGCCGACAUUGAUAGUUUACAAUCUACACCUCAUACUUAUUCCACAACUCCCCCACCGCCGGUUCAUGCUGAUGAACUUACAAGCGUUGCCAAACAAAUUCGAGAUAUUAAUCAAGAAAAAUCUAUUUCCUCUCUGUGUAAAAUCGUUGCGGAUAUUCAUGCACAGACAAAUAAUCAAUUCCUCACGAAAAUCGUUAAUUACCAUCAAUCACCGCCCAUCGCUAACUUGCAGACAAUCGUCACUGAACUUCAUCAAACACCGAUUGGAAAAUCAAUACCACGACCCCAACGACCGACUCACCUCGAACUUCAUCCAAACGAGGAGGAAGAAGACGAAGACCUGGAAAAUGAGCAAAUUUCAUCACCUGCUGUUGUAAAUGACGUCCCAAUUUCAUCAGAUUUAGUUUCCGAACUCGAAGAACAAGUAUCAUUAACGAAAUUGAAAUCACCAUCUCGAUCAGCAUCUCCCACUUCUGUACUAACACCGAUGACAAGACGAAUUAGUGAUACAUCUACGCAUUCCGCACGCUAUCAAUCACAGCGUAUUGAUAAAGUGUCUGAUUUAGAAAUUGUCAAACAAGGCAACGGUUUCAAAAUUGGCUAUGUCGAUCGCCAAGGUACAGAUCAACGGGUAAUUCUGACGAAACGUAUCGAAGCAGGACCGGAAAUUCUCGCCAGAGAUCCACAUGUUCGUUUGCCAUACAAAGGUCGAAAGAUGUUAAGUCAAGUUUUCAGUUCGUUACUAUAUACAAAUGGCUAUAAUACAAUUCAAGAAGAUAAGAAAUUUGAACGUGCAUCGAACGACAUUGAAGUGCCGAGCAUUGGUACUAAUCCACAACAUUUCGAUGAGUCUGAUAUGAUCUCCAUUGAUAUUGAUGGUCCGUCGACGAUGUUGAAUUCAAUUUGUGAAUCGAUUGUUAUAACUCAAGGUUCGGUAUAUUCUGAUAGUCUACCGAAACCAACGAUUGAAAAACCUCUUGCUCAACCAGUACCAAAAAGUGUAUUCGAUAAUCGUCUCUCAUCUUCGACAACCUCGUCAUCGUCAUCUCACCAGCGUCAUGUUGUCUUAGAUCAUCACGAAGAAUAUCUUCUCGAUAGUUCUCGUACUCCAACGCCAUCAACGAAAAAAGAUAAAAUCGAAGUCAUCAAAACAUGGGAAGAUCACACAGUUAUCAAUGGUACUAGUACAUCAUGGCAUAGUUCAUCAUUACCUCCACACAAAGUUAUUAAGCACAAACAAUCUACGAGUACUGUUGAACAUUUUGAUUCUCCAUACCAACCCCAAACUGUUCAAAUGCGCAUUGCCCCGUCCCAUGACGUCAAAUACCGUGUAAAUGAACCAAUACCAAUUCCAUCUGUCUUCAAUUGGAACGAAGAAAGUGUCAAUACACCCUCAAGACCAUCGAAAACCACACGUGAUGUUGCUCUAUCACCCAUUUUAAUCGACGAAAAGUUACCCACACCUCCAAAACGUACUCCUGAAAAGGUUGAUCGAUCGUGCCAAUACAGUCCACAUGGAACACAGGACUUUGGUCUACAAUAUCGUUCUGAACAUUCAGCAAUGUCAACUCAAGUCUCAGCACAUGAUAUCCCCAAUUUUCUUGUCACCUAUGAUGGUACCCAAACCAUCGUUGAUUCAACACAUCAUUUAGAUGAUUCAGGUUUCCAUCCACAUGUCCGAAUGAUUUCGCCAUCACUCUCAGUCGUUUCAUCAGAAAACCAAUCGAACAAUCAACCCUAUUCACUUUCCGGACCAGAUUUUGUUCAUAAGUUGAAUGACCAACAUAAUCAUGCAUCCGCAUUGACUGUGACACAAUUCUCAGAUGAACAUUACUAUCUUCCAUCCAAUGAUCCAAAUCAAACAAAUCUAAAUACUCGCCCUACAACACUCGAACGUAGCGCUGACUCAGGCAUUCUUGUGGAUGAUUCGUCACUGCGCGAUCGUCGCAAUAAAGCCAAUUUCGCUCUACAAGUCGAUAUCAAAGGUUCAUCAUCGGACAGUGAUGAUAUCUCGGAAGUGACCCAACGUCCAAUCAAUCGUCUGAAACCAGCAACAAAUGAUAACGUUUAUGAACAUCGUAGCGAACUAGUUAUCACAACACGAAAUUCUGCAGCACAUGACCAACGAUAUGACCAUUCAGUCAGUUCAUCAGCAAAAGAAAUCGAACAGCAAAUUAUCCAACUGCGACGCGAACGGGCACAUAUUUUAGAAUUACUUUCAUUGAACUGGAGUCGAUCCAAUAUUUGGGUAGAGUUAACCGAAGCAAAACUAAACUACAUCAUUGGAGAAACAGAUGCUCUACUCCGGUCAUUAUCAUUCGAUGCUAGUCCCAUGGACAAUGAACGAGUGAAAUCGAAAAUGCAUCAAUACGAAGAAGAAAUGGCCGAAUUGACACGUCAACGUUUAGCAAUCUAUCGCGAACGUUUAGAAGAUUCCAAACGACAAAUCGACAUGAAAAUCGAUGAAUUAGAGAUGAAAAGAUCAACUCUAAGACAUAAUACAUCUCACUAUUCAACUCUCGAGUACACACCACGAGUAAACACCAACAAGUAUUCGAAAUCAUAUUUGAGUACGAGUGCAGAAAAUCUCUCGAACAUGCCUGUGCAAGAUACGAUAUCCAGUCAUCCUCAAUUUCUUGAUGUAUCAUUCCUGACAUCGACACCAUUGAAUCCGAAUGCCGGCAUUCCACCGCGAUGUCCCCGUUUGCCACGUUAUCCCCAUCAAGAUAUUCAACGAACAAUCUAUCGUCCGACACCACGUUAUCCAUCAACUAUUCUUACAUCGAAUCCCGACAAUCGCUAUGAUUAUCCACGUUAUCGUUCCACUUCCUAUGUAACGCCAAGCAGCAAUCUGUCUGGUUUACAGGGUUUGAGUAAAAGUCAACAAGCAAUAUUGGAUGAAACCGAUAAACUAGUGAAAGACUCUCAGCAAUUCCACAAUGAAUCCGCAUCGCAAUUUGAACGCGCGAGAGAAAGUUUAUUAUCAAGGUAA